UGUUCCUAGAAGAAGGAAAUGCGUCCUGGGAUGUGCAGCUAGCUUUUGCAAUGCACAGCCAUGGACCCACGAUCAGCAGAGCACGGCGCGUUGCUCGUCUCACACAGAUGUCUGAGUGUGUGGGGAAUGUGGGUGAACGGAUGGGUGCUGAGUGUUCGAUCGCAAAAUUUUUUAAAUUUUUUUUGGGCUGAAGGAGUCGAGUUGCAAUUGAGACUUUAUAAUUUGGCAUUUGGCAUUGUAUGUUGGAUUACAAGGUGGAAAAAAUAUGCAGAAUUGAAAUCGUUGCAUUGAACACAGCUUAUCUGUAGACUCCAGAUUCUGCAAGAUUGAAGGACUAAAGCAU